CUGCAGCCAAAGAGCCACUGCGCUGGGCUCUGUGCGACUGCCGCCGCCAAGUGCAACUGAAGUGUCCAGCGAGGUUCUCAUUUGUUUUCUUCUCUUCAGUUUCAACCAAGUCACCCUCUGUUCUUGAAGCGCGUUGGCCGUUGCCGUCUUUUUCCCACACCGUCCACUUCCAGGUUCCCAAACUGUCACACGGCGCCCACCAUGAUCAACGCAUUCCUCGUCUUCAACGGCCAAGGCCAACCACGCCUCACCAAAUUCUACACCCAACUUGACACAUCAAUCCAACAACGACUCAUCUCCGAAAUCUUCACCCUCGUUGCCAACCGUCCAAAGGGCUCCUGCAACUUCCUCCCCCUUCCACCCCUCCUCGCCGCCUCCAGUACCUCCACCUCCUCGUCCGAACCACACAACGACGUCCCCUCCCUCGUAACCUACCGCAACUAUGCCACCCUCUAUUUCAUCAUCAUCUCAACCUCGACCGAGUCGCCACUGGCUCUUAUCGAUCUGAUUCAAGUAUACGUCGAAUCUCUGGACAGGUUGUUUGAGAAUGUGUGCGAGUUGGAUCUGAUCUUCAACUUUGAGACGCUACAUGCGACGCUGGGCGAGAUGAUUGUGGGAGGAGUGGUGAUUGAGACAAAUAUGGAGAAGAUUGUGCAGGGCGUGAGGGCGCAGGGGACGGUGGCCAAGAGGCCGGUUAACGAGAGUAGGGGAGGCGGCAUGGGGCUAGGAAGUGGACUGGGGGCUGGGUUGGGAAUGGGAGGGAAUUUCGUCUGGAGUGGACGAUGA